UUUUGCAAUUUAAUACACUCACGCAUUUACUCUGUCCGUUAUUUUUUGCCAAGCCAACUCUCUUUCUUUAGCCGAUGCAGCCGUAUUACUUUUUUUCAUUAUGAUAGGCUUGAAUUCUUCAAACGCCUGCAUUAACACCUCCAACUCCACCUCUGUGAAAUAUGCCGCUCGCUUUUUUUCUCAUUGAUCUUCCGUUUUGACUCGUGAAAUCGGCGAUCCAUUGAAAACGUCUUUAUGUAUGCACGGUGCACGCGCAUUAACUCUGGGUAACCAGUAGGAGGUUGAUUGAACUUACUCUUCUCAGGUGUUUUGGAACCGACAUACUCAUGGUAUGCGGGUUUGGUGUAAAUCAACCCAGAGGUUAUGAUUUACCAAAUGGAAGAAACUGCUGUCAUUUACUGUAAUAUCAAGAUGGAUGUGAAAGAGGAGAGCUGUGAGGCUGACAUAAAUACCAUGGCGGUAAUGACUGCAAAUAUGAAAAAGGAGGACUGUGAAGGGAGAUCCUCCCACAAUAACCAGGAGAGCCUCUGCCUUAAGGGUGAGAAUUGUGAAGAGGAAACUGCAGGAGGUAAAGAAGAGGCAGAGGAGAUGACGGUCAGCUCUGAGAUACACCAACAUAAAAGUCUGAAGUGUGAUGACCCCGAGGUGAAGUCUGAAUCAUUGCAAGCUGACGUAAGGAGGAUCGAGGAAAUCUCAUCUGUUACGAUGCGGGAUGAUCAGCCAUCCCCUACACAUCCGUCUGGAGAGAGAGUCAAACUUCACUGCUGUUCUGAAUGUAGUAAACGGUUUUCAAGAAGGAGCCAUCUUCAGACCCACAGAAGAAUUCACACUAGAGAAAAGCCAUACUGCUGUUCUAAAUGUGGCAAACAAUUCUCUGACAUUGGUAGUUUUCACAUUCACACGAGAAUUCAUACUGGAGAGAAGCCAUACCGCUGCUCGGAAUGUGGCAAACAAUUUUUAAAAAGUAGCAAUCUUCGAGUCCACAUGAGAAUCCACACUGGAGAAAAGCCAUAUUGCUGUCUGGAAUGUGACAAACAAUUCUGUUACAAAAGUUCUCUUCAACACCACACAAGAAUUCACACAGGGGAAAAGCCAUACUGCUGUUCUGAAUGUGGCAAACAGUUUUCAAGAAGUAGCCAUCUUCAGACUCACACAAGAAUUCACACAGGAGAAAAGCCAUACUGCUGUUCUAAAUGUGGCAAACAAUUCUCUAUCAUUAGCAAUUUUUACACUCACACAAGAAUGCAUACUGGAGAGAAGCCAUUUUCCUGUUUAGAAUGUGGCAAACAGUUUUCACGAAGUUCCAGUCUUUGGAGCCACAGAAGAAUUCAUACUGGAGAGAAGCCAUAUUCCUGUUUAGAAUGUGGCAAACAGUUUUCACAUAGUCACAGUCUUCAGGCCCACAGAAGAAUUCACACUGGAGAGAAGCCAUACUGCUGCGCGGAAUGUGGCAAACAAUUUUCAAGUAGCAGCCAUCUUCAGAUCCACACAAGAAUUCACACAGGGGAAAAGCCAUACUGCUGUUCUAAAUGUGGCAAACAAUUCUCUCGCAUUGGCAAUUUUCACACUCACAUGAGAAUUCAUACUGGAGAGAAGCCAUAUUCCUGUUUAGAAUGUGGCAAACAGUUUUCAGAACAUUCCAGUCUUCAGAACCACAGAAGAAUUCACACUGGAGAGAAGCCAUACUGCUGUUCUAAAUGUGGCAAACAAUUCUCUCUCAUUGGCAAUUUUCACACUCACAUGAGAAUUCAUACUGGAGAGAAGCCAUAUUCCUGUUUAGAAUGUGGCAAACAGUUUUCACAAAGUCACAGUCUUCAGACACACAGAAGAAUUCACACAGGGGAAAAGCCAUACUGCUGUUCUGAAUGUGGCAAACAGUUUUUAAGAAAAAGCAAUCUCCAGAAUCACAAAAGAAUUCACACAGGAGAAAAGCCGUAUUCUUGUUCUGACUGUGGCAAGUGUUUUUCACAAAGGAGUAUUCUCACAAGACACACAAAAAUCCACACGGGAGAGAAGCCGUAUUGCUGUUCUGAAUGUGGCAAGCGAUUUGUACAAAGGAAUAAACUGUAUAGCCACCAAACAAUUCACACGGGGGAGAAGCCGUAUUACUGUUCCGAAUGUGGCAAGCGGUUUGCGCAUAAGAGCAGUGUUCAGAUCCACAAAACAAUACACAGAGGAGAAAAGCUCUAUUGCUGUUCUGAAUGUGGCAAACGAUUUUCACAUAAGAGCACUCUUCAGAUCCACCAAAGAAUUCACACAGGAGAAAUGCUGUAUUCCUGUUCUGAAUGUGGAAAGCAGUUUUUGAAAAAAUGCCGACUUCAGAAACACAAAAUCAUUCACACGGGUGAAAAGCCUUAUUGUUGUUCUAUGUGUGGCAGGCGGUUUUUCUACAAGAGUGGUCUUCAGAGCCACCAACGAAUGCACACAGGAGAGAAGCCUUAUACCUGUUCUGAAUGUGGCAAGCGGUUUUCACAAAGGAGCAAUCUUUUGACCCACCAAAAAAUUCAUACUUGAUAGAAGCAAUUUAGUUUUUUUUUUUGAAUGUGGCAAGCGUCAGGCAUAGAAGAAGUCAGCAGCCCCACCACAGUCGAAUAAAGAAAGACCACACGUGUUCAAUGAGCAUACGAGAAGUAGAAACAGUCUAGUGAUCAAAUGAAGGUAAAGAAGAGCCCCUCUGCUUAACUGAUCUUGAGUGUUCAGCUGAGAGGAGUAUCCUAGGAGGGCUUGUGCAGAAAUGCAAUCUUUAUUUUCAAAUUGGGUAAGAUAACCAAUGCAAAUUUAGGAUACUUAAUUUGAACAAUUAAGGAAAGUAACAAACUAGAGAAGAAAAAUCCGAAUACCUCCAAUGCCCAGCAAAAGAAGAAAUGUUACAGGAAAGAAAGACAGCAUUUAUACCAACAGACGACUUUCCAUCAAAAAAGAGGUCAUUUAUAUGUCGGAGAAAACCCCCAACUAUAAGCCUAGACCACCAGAACAACAUUAGCCAAAAGUGGAAUGUCCUCCAAAGCAAUUAAUUCUCAAACCAGUAGUAAAAUGGAAAGAAGAAGGAACAAAAACAAAACACUUGAGAUCCAUCCAUUAUCCAACCCGCUGAAU